GUUGUAUUAGAGAAUUAACAACCUCCUUCGUUUUAUUUUUAUUCCUGGAUUGAAUAAAAAGCUACUUUUAUUGUCCGCUUUAGCUAACGGAGUUUGAACUAAUCCUAGCUGGUGGCUGAUUAGCGGGGUUUAGCUGAACUCCGUUUAUCAGUCACGUAGAGGAGAAUGCGCACGGAAUCCUCAGGAAAACGUUUGGAGAAUGAUGGAUUCCCAGACUUCUUUGCACAUUAUUGAAGAUAUGAAGGAAUUAGAACAGAGCCCACUGUCCAGCCACAGCGACAAGAAGGACUCUGCUCUGUCCCUGCCGUCAGGGAAAUCCCGCGAUGGUGAGAGCUCUUCAGGGAAUCGGGCACGGACCAAAACCCGAAAGCCGAAGCGGGAUCCUGAUCAGGAUCAGACUUCUGAUGGAGACCACAGCAGCUCCUCAUACUACUCAGAUGACUAUAAGAACGCUUCACUGUCUGACCGGUCCUUCUCAUCACGGUCUCCAUCACCACCCAGAGGAGGGAGGAUGAGAAGGGUCUCAAGCAGCCCCUCACGAACAACAAGGAUGCUUAAAGGUGUCUCUCAGCGUCCGGGGCCUCGGGCCCCACACCCUCAGCGCACCAGCGCUCCACGCUCCCAAAGCCUCGGUAAAGACGCCCCUCCUAAAGACCUUGACUUUGUUACCAAGCGGCUACUGUCUGCACGCCUGCUGAAGAUCAGCGAGCUGAAGAACACUCUGUCCGAGCAGCAGCUGCACACAGACGAGCUUCAGCGGGAGAACCGACUUCUGCGGCAGCUGCAGCUACGCCAGGAGAAAGCACUGCACCGCUAUAAUGACACAGAGAGCGAGAUAUCACAGCUCAUUUCACGCCACAACAACGAAACGCACACUCUGCGCGAAAGGCUGCGGCGCAGCCAGGAGAAGGAGCGCGCCGCUGAGCGCCGCUGCAAGGAGGCAGACGCCCAGCUCCAGCGCUGCAGAGACCAGCUGCACAAACUGCAGCAACUCGCAAAUGAAAAGCAGCUUGGAGAAAGAGACGAGCUUAGACGCAACCUGAUGCACACACAGCUCAAAGCGCAAGAGCACGAGCACAGAGUCAAGGAGUUGGAGAAGAACUUAGAGUUGAGUACGGGUAGCUUUCAAAGACAGAUGGCUAAUGAGAGAAAGAAAACCCACGAUGCUCUACAGGAUGUUCAAGUGCUGCGGGAGGAAGUGGAGAGACUCAGUGCCAAACUAAAGGAGAGAGAAAGAGAGUUGGACACUAGAAACAUUUAUGCUAACAGAAUGCUGAGAGGGGCUUCAAGAAAGGAAUUAGAGGACGUUACUAAAAGGAAAGUUUUGUCAGCUUCUGGUAGAAGCAGUAGCAAAGCUGUGCAGACUGAAGACACGGCGCUUCGUCUGGAGUUUCCCUCUCCUCCUCUCGCUAUCACUGACGGCACUGAGUUUACCUCUGAUGACCAUGCAGAUGACUAUCUGACUCUGAAGGAGCUGCAAAGCAGUGAGCUAGAGAUGGAGAGAGAGCGGGAGAAAGCCAGAGCUCGAGAGAGGGAGAUGGAACGGGCAUUUUAUUUGGAGAAAGAGAGGAAUAGAGAGCAGGAGAGGCUUGGAGAAAUGAAGAAAAAAAUUGAGAAAGAAAAAGUGACGACAAGUGUCAGUGACAAGUUCAGCUCGAACCACAACACAGGAACGAGGAAAAGAGACGAGUGGGACAGAGAGGAUGAGGAUAGGAAGAAGCAAAUUCAGCAGCAGAAUGAGGAGAAGAAGCAAAAAGAGGAAGAGCAGAUGUUAAGAGAGCAGGAAAUCCUGGUCAACCAGGUGCAAGCGGAGGAGCAGCGCCGACGCAAAGAACAGCUUUUGACCAAGAUGCGCGAGAUAGACAUGCAGGCUCAGGACUCAGGGAGCACUGGUUCUCCUCCUCACGUCUCAGAGCUGCAGAACAAGAGUCCGUCCAUUUUCAGCUUCACUGAACCUCAUGAGUAUGUGAGCACACCCGUGGUUGGGAAGAGGGGCGGUGCCGUGAAACCACAGAACACCAGUCAGGAUCUUGACCUCACCUUCGGCAGCUACGCUCCCUCGUUUGGUAAACCCGCCCCUCGUGCUGGUCUGGGUCCUCGCACCUCGGGUCAGACUGUGAGCCCGUUUACAGGAAAUGGAGAUGCAGGGAUGGAUGAAAAUGGGCUGGUGAAGGAGAAAAAGUCCCUCCUCAUGCAGCAGCUUUUUGGCUCUACAGCUUCGUCUCCGCCCUCUGACCAGCUCAGCAAGUCGGAGCUUCUGAGCUCCUCCAGCACAAAACCUGCAUCAGGAGGACUAGGUGGACGCAGGAGGGACACAGAGACGCCAGCCAGACUGAACAGCCACAGCAAGCCCACACUGCACUCCCACAAAGACUUGGGUCUUAAGGCUAUCACAUCAUUUGACGAAGAUAUAGAGGAAUUAGGAUAAAAGAAAUGAAGUCUAUCUCUAUAAAAAAUUAUUGGAUAAAACCAAGCUGACAUAGCAUCACA